AUGGCAACGCCCAACAAGUCAGCAAACCCUUUCUACAUUUCCAAUAACGACGACCUCAAUGACGGUUGGGACGACUGGGGUGACGAUGAGGAAGAACAGCAGAGCCUAGUCUCCAACAAAUAUAACCAUGGCAACGGCGCCUCAACACCAAGCAAAUCAGCGUACAAACCACCGCCAAUACGAAAGCCCUCCAAGCCGGUGCAAGAAGAAUCUUUUUCAAUUCCCAAAUACGCAAAGUUUGCAUUUGUUGGAGGUCUCGCCGUUUUCAUUCUCAUGAUGAUGUCAGGUGGAAAUGAUAACGACGAUGGUGACAGCACCUGGAGCUCGGAUGUGAGCAAUAAUGUUGCACAAGUUCCACGUGACGACAUUACUCAUUUGGCGAUUCUAGGAGAACGUCACUCUGGAGUUCCUCAGCUUGAGUCCGCGCUGAAAGAAUGCUACCCCAAUGCACAGGUAUCGUUGAGCCUGGAACGAAUCGGAAUAUUUUUUCAGGAUGACCCAAGCUCCCAGAAGCACAAUUCCGUUGUCGUGCAACUGGUCUUGAAUCCUUACGAUUGGUUGGAGCAAAUGCGGCAUAAUCCUGUAUAUAUGCCAGAGCAUCAAGGAGAAGACGGUUCUCCUCUUCCAUGGGAUGACUUCCUCAUGAAGGAGUGGACCACAAAGCGACCAGAGCGUGACUUGGACUUCGAAGAUUCUACAGGUCCUGUGUGUCAAAUGUCAUUCCGCUACAACCAAGUUGUCAGCUGUGUCGAAGGAGAAGGGCUAGGACUGAAAAAUCCAAUCUACGAACUUAAUGAAGAUUCAAGUUCCUUUCAAUCAAUUAUGCAAUUGCGUAGCGCCAAGUUAAUGAAUCAUCGAGCGACACAGGAAUGGGAAACAGUCAAGGGUCAUUUUAUUGUCAAAUAUGACGAUCUAUCGACGGAAUAUGAGGAUUUGCUGAAUAAGAUUGAUGCCAAGACUGGGUGGGAGCAUGUUUGUGAUACGAAUAAAAUCUUUCCAACGAAGAGGCUCAGAUCCGAUAUGACUGUUGAGUUUCUUGGACAUGUGAACGGAAACCUAGACUGGGAGCUGGAAGGAGAAUUUGGAUUUGAAAAAUGGACGCCUGAAGAAGCAGAGCUCGACGGAAUCUUUGAAGACUUCCCGGGUGAACACGGCGACUAUACUGGUUUUGACAAUAACGACGGAGACGAUGAAGAUGAUGAAGAUGACGAGUCAGAUUCUGAUGAAGAGGAUCUAGAUUCUGAUGAAGAUGACGAGGAUGAGGAUAGCGAUGCUGAUACUGACGCCGACGGUGAUGACGACGAUGCAGCUGGCGAUGCCGAUGGAAAUGAAGCCGAUGCUGAUGCUGAUGAAGCUGACGCAGGUGGUGAUCCAGAUUCAGAUUCAGACGAAGCCGACGGUGAUGACGCCGAUGUAGAUGGCGAUGCCGACGGCGACGAAGCUGAUGCUGAUGCCGACGGUGAUGCUGACGGUAGUGCAGAUGGAGAUGACGCCGAUGCGGGUGCAAAUGAAGCCGAGGCAGAUGGUGAUGCCGACACCGACGCUGCUGAUGGCGAUGUUGAUGCUGGUGGCGACGCCGACGUUGACGCUAACGAAGGCGACGCAGAUGGUGACGCUGACGCUGAUGAAGGCGACGCAGAUAGUGUCGCUGAUGCAGAUGAAGCCAGCGCAGAUGGUGGUGCCGACAAGAAUGAAGCCGAUAGGGACACUGAUUCAGAUGAAGGCGACGAAGAUGGUGACGGUGAUGGAGAUGAAGCCGUUGCGGAUGGUGACGCCGACACCGAUGAAGCCGAAACAGAUGGCGAUGCUGAUGGUGACGCCAACGCUGGCCAAGCUGACGCAGAUGGUGACGGUGAUGGAGAUGGAGAUGAAGCCGUUGCGGAUGGUGACGCCGACACCGAUGAAGCCGAAACAGAUGGCGAUGCUGAUGGUGACGCCAACGCUGGCCAAGCUGACGCAGAUGGUGACGGUGAUGGAGAUGAAGCCGUUGCGGAUGGUGAUGUAGACACCAAUGAAGGCGACGCAGAUGGUGACGGUGAUGGAGAUGAAGCCGUUGCGGAUGGUGAUGGAGACACCAAUGAAGGCGACGCAGAUGGUGACGGUGAUGGAGAUGAAGCCGUUGCGGAUGGUGGCGCCGACACCGAUGAAGCAGAUGGCGAUGCUGAUGAUGACACCAACGCUGACCAAGCUGACGCAGAUGGUGACGGUGAUGGAGAUGAAGCCGUUGCGGAUGGUGAUGUGGACACCGAUGAAGGCGACGCAGAUGGUGACGGUAAUGAAGAUGAAGCCGUUGCGAAUGGUGGCGCCGACACCGAUGAAGGCGACGCUGACGAAGCCGACGCCGAUAGUGACGCUGACGCAGAUAAAGCCGACGCAGAUGACGCCGACACUGAUGGUGACGAAGAUACAGCUGCGGAUGACGAAGAUACAGCUGCGGACGAGGCUGAGAGCAGUGGAGCCAAGAAGAAAAAGAGUGCCACUGGAACUACUAAGACUGACAACAAGAAAAAAGAUGCCACGACCAAAGAAGGCACUAAGAAGAAGAAAGAGUCUUCAGAGGCUGAGAGCGAUGGAACCAAGAAGAAGAAGAAGAGUGUUACUGGAACAAAUAAGAAUGGAAUCAAGAAAAACGAUGCCAAGACCAAAGAAGACACUAAGAAGAAGAGUGGAACCACCAAGAAAGAUAAGAAGAAGAAAGACAGUAAGAAAGAGGAAGAAGGCGGAGAUGUCCGAUGA